AUGUCUCUCCCGUGGAAACGCCUAAUCCGCUUCAUCGCAACCGACGGCCGCACCCUGCGCGGCGAACCAAUCCUCCCAACACCAACCACAGACCUAGGCCUCAUCACCGAAUCCGACAAGCUGCAAGCGCGCAUCAUUGAAGGCGAAGACAUCUACGACACCACCGGCAAGACGCGAGUCACCGAUGAAAUCGUCUCCGUGAAGACCAUUCUCGGCCCGUUGGCGCAGGCCGAUGUACCGAUUCUCCGAUGUGUUGGGCUGAACUAUGCAAAGCACAUCAAGGAAGCCGGCCGCACCCCGCCCCCUUUUCCAUUCAUCUUCUUCAAGCCGAACACGACAAUCCACGACCACGGCGCGCCAGUCGUGAUUCCCAAGAUUGCUCAGGAUGAGCAGGCAGAUUACGAGGGCGAGCUGUGCCUGGUAAUCGGCACCGACGCCAAGAACGUCUCACCCAAAGACGCCCUCUCCUACGUCGCCGCCUACACAGUCGGCAACGACAUCUCCUCGCGCAAGCUGCAGCGGGAUCCCGCCUUUGCAGGCCGUGUGCCACAGUGGGGAUUCUCCAAGGGGUUUGAUACCUUUGCGCCGCUAGGCCAGUGUCUCGUUGCAGGCAGCGAGAUCGCCGAUCCCAGCACCCUGCAGCUGAAGACAGUUAUUGAUGGGGACGUGAGACAGGAGGAGGGCGUAGCGGAUUUGUUAUUUGAUUGUGCGUAUAUUGUGUCGUAUUUGUCACAGGGUACGACGUUGCAGAAGGGCAGUGUGAUCAUGACGGGGACGCCGGGUGGUGUUGGCGCUGGCCUGAAUCCGCCUAGGUAUCUCGUUCCGGGAACGCAGAUGGAUGUUUCGAUUAGUGGGAUUGGGACUUUGCGGAAUAAUGUGGUUUUUGAGUAG